UGAAAAUUUGAAGGAAAAUUUGAAUGAAAAUUUGAAUGAAAAUAGAGGAGUAAUUAAUUUAUUCCACUGAUGAAUUUUUGGAUGCUAAACCGGAUUUUCCUGGGAUCGCAAUAACAGAUGAUGCAAUCAAAUUUUUGUGAUUCCUCCUACGCGAGAUCUCAGGUUGAAAACGAUAAAGUGACGGUCAAACUUUGAAGGUCAAAUUGGACUUUUUAUAGACAUUUGUGUCGAAAAAAAUGGUAUCUAUCAAGAGUUCCAGUGAGAUAUCAUGAGGGGAACACAUGUUUUUGGUCGGCCUUUUGGUCGUUUAGUUUCUUGCCGAUCAGGAAAGAUCAAAGGGAUAUUCAAGGGGAGUAAUUGUAACAAACCUCCGGAGAGAUGUUUGUCUUCUUCGAGCCAAAAUUUGAAGCUGUUUUCCGAUUCAAGCAAGCAACAAGACUUGAGACGAUUCCUAGAGGAGAUUGGUACUGAUCCUAGGGAAGCUCGCUAUUGGCUGCGGCAGUUUCAGCAGCAUGAAUCCACCCCUGAUCAGCCGUUUGCUGUUGUGCAAGUUGACUCACCAAUAUUGAAUGAUAAAGUUAUGUUAGAAAAGCUGGCCUCAUGUUUGGCAUUCCUGCACCGCAAUGGUAUGCCUGUGAUCAUAGUUCAUGGCUUGGAUCCUCAUUCAGAUACUCAAAUCAGGGAUCCCAGGCUAAGAAGGGCUAAGCUGAUUGAAGGCAACAUAGAGCUUGUUGAUCUGUUGGAAAAACAUGGAAGUAAAGCAAGACCUUUUAUGAGUUCUGGUCACGUUCUCUCAGCCAUGGAGCUUGAUGAACCUGGGACUGCUUUUACUGGAAAGAUAUAUGAAGUGGAUGUUAGACCAUUACAAGGAUGUCUAAGAUCAGGACACAUCCCUGUGUUGACAGCAGUAGCAGAAUCCCCCUCAGGUCAAGUGCUUUGUGUGGAAUCUCAUCAUGCCGCUGUCAGAAUUGCUGAAGAGUUACAGCCAAUGAAAGUCAUGUUUCUGAACACAGCGGGUGGAUUAGUAGAUAGACAAGGAAAUGUUGUUGGUAAUGUAAAUGUUGCUGAUGAUCUGGAGAGUUUGCUACAACAGCCAUGGUAUACUGAGACAACCAGAGAGCAGGUGGUUUCAAUUGCAGAAUUGCUGAACACUUUACCUAUGUACUCAUCUGCUGUUAUUACCAGUGCUGACUCUUUGAUCACUGAAUUAUUUACUCACAAUGGUUCUGGUACAAUGUUCCUCAGACCAGAAAAAAUUGUCAGACAUCAAUCACUGGAGACUGUUGAUAUUGACAGACUUAAGGAUCUUCUAGUUAAGUCAUUUGAUAAACCACUUAAUGCAGAAUACUUCUCAUCCUUAAAAAAUCGCCUGCAUACCUUGUACGUCACGGAGAGCUACAGUACAGCAGCAGUUAUUACCAAUGAAGAUGGCCUUGAUGACAUUCCAUAUAUGGAUAAAUUUACUGUUGGCAGAAAUAGUCAGGGUCUUGGAACAAGUGACAAUUUGUGGAAGAAAAUAAAACAAGAUUUUGGCAGCCUAUUCUGGAGAUCUAGAGGAACAAAUCGCAUUAAUCCUUGGUAUUUUAUCAGGUCUGAUGGGAGUUGGACAAAUGGAAAGUGGACUGUAUUCUGGUAUGGAGUAAAUGAUCAUAUCUUGACGCAUAAGCUUGUUCAACAUGCCAUUCAGUUGCCACCAUCCUUUGAUCCUAUUGCUCCUCAUGAUGAAGCCAGCAGUAAUGGAGUUAUUUCUUCCAAUGGAUAUCACAAAUAUCUCUGAUGAAAGAGGCUGAAGACCCAGGAUUAAUAUUUCUUCAGUCAUUACAUAAUAACUUUUAUUUGGCACAAUUACUUUACCAGAGUGUUAUAAUGUAAAUGAUUCUGAAAAUUAUGCAUAUCUGAUUGGCUGAAAGCAAGUGCAUUUUUCUUGUACCUGUAACACAAGUGCAAAUUACAAAUCGCAUACACACACUUUCAAAAUUUCUUCUGUCUUGCCUUUCUGUGGUGUUUUUUCAAGUGCAUUAUUAAUAAGCAAUAACAUGACUUUUCUUGCAGUUUGGUCUAACAAGCACUUGUAAAUUUUUCAAAGACUACAACUUGCCCUCACCCUGUGGGCUUGCACAGUUUGUUUUCUUUGACAAACUCACUUGUUGAAUUUGCUGCUUGUUAAUAGAAAAUUGCACUUGAAAUCAUGUUAUUACUCAUACACCUGUUGAAUCUGCUGCUUGUUAAUAGCAAAUUGCACUUGAAAUCAUGUUAUUACUCAUACAUAAAGGAUAUCUUUUAGGGUAUCAGGUAAAAGUGUUAUUGGGUUUUACUACAUAAAUAACAGUGUUGGAUGUGGAAGAAAAUUAUAGAAAAUAGGAAUCAGGGAAUUGGGAAAGUGUUCUUGCAUUAUAUUUUACUAAGUCAAAAAUAUAAAAUUUAUUUUAUUUAAAAUUUGAAUAGGAAUUACUUUUUGGAUGCCUAUUUUUGAUAGUGGGGACGAUAGCAUGACCUUGUAUUUAAAACUUGCAGCAGAUUUAAAGAUUAGAUUUAAAGAGUACAGGAAUAUACUGGGAAAUAAAAGAAGACCUUGUAACAUAAUUGUUUUGAUGAAUAAUGGGUGCUUUUGCCGUCUGUAAUUUUACAGUGUAUAUGCUAUAAAAAGAGCAUGGUUAAUAUACUGGGUUUGCAAGUGUUACAGAGUUUUUGUUGUCAAACAAAUUUGUUUUAAUUUAUCUUUUGUUUUUGUGAAAAAUACAGGCAUAUUUUUUUUUUAGUUUAUUCAAUAAGAAUUAAAUCUCCUUUUUUUUUUAAUUAUUGCAAUUACUAAGGAAGCGUUCAUUGAGGUUUUUCAACUCUCUUACCAAACAGUGGUGCUCAUCUUCUGUGGCAUUGGCUGAAUCAGCCUAAUGAAACUUUCAGACUGCUGUCAGGAACUAGUGGAUAAAUUAUUCAAGGAAUUAUUCAGAGCAAAGAGAACAAGCUCAAUGACCUUCCUCCUGCUCGUAACACAGAUACUUUGAACCUUAGAAAAAAAAACAAAAGUUUAGGCCUGUGUUGGUAACAGUGUUAUCACUUUUAAUGCCCUUAAAGCCUAAACUAUUUUAUUGGACUAAUUUAUUGGUAUUUUAUUUUAAAUCAAAAUUUUAUUCACAAACACAAAAGAUAUACAAACAAAUGUUCAUUCAAACUUGCUUUAAACCACUGAUAGUUCUUUUUAAUGUUAUCAUUGACA